AGGCUCAGAGAAAAGAGGCAGAGACAACAGAGACAGAGACACAAAGACACAGGGACACUAUAAGGACAUAGAAGGACAAUCACAGAGACAGAGACAGACAGAGACUGAGACAGAGCCAGAGAGACAGACACCUGCAUACACCCUCAACCAAGAAAAAUCUGGUGGUCGGUUUCCUUUGCUCGUCUGGGCGACAAAAAGCCUGAGCGGUGGCGGCUUGAGGCAUUCAUUGCUGCGCUGAAACUGGCAGGUUGUGGACGGCGCUGGGUCCCUUGGCUGCUGCAGCGACCUAGAGAACACGAAGAAAACAACAGGCUCUAUCUUCGCUAUAUACGCACCACUGAUCACAUGAAGUAUUGGAGUUGUUCGGCCAACACAUCCAUCCGUUGUGACAGCAAAGAAGAGUGCACCAGCAGGACCUGUAAGGACCAUGGAGGAGCAUGAUGAAAAAACCCUCAAACUCUCCGUCAUUGAGGCCCUACCCAUUGCUGAAGAUGGAAAUCCGUGUACGUACAAUAUUCCACUGAAACAGAUUAUGCGAGAUGACGAUGGGUGCAUUGAAAAACUUGAGUAUGGUCAUGAAAUCAGGAAUGAUGCAAGCAAGGUCAUCAUGAUGGUGGGGGCAACUGGCUCUGGGAAGACAACACUUAUCAAUAGUCUGGUUAACUAUGUUUUUGGAGUUGAAUGGAAUGACUCAUUCCGCUUGAAGAUGAUCGUGGAGGACAGUCAAGCCAACCAGGCUGACAGUCAGACAAAGGAUAUCACUUGCUACACUCUGCAUUAUCAAGAUGGCUUCCAAAUACCCUACUCUCUUACUAUCAUCGAUACUCCAGGCUUUGGUGAUACACAAGGUGUUGAGCGAGAUAGGCAAAUAAUAGAACAAAUUCGAAAGUUUUUCUCUACCCCAGGAGACAGGGGGAUCAGUCACCUUGAUGCUGUUGGCUUUGUGGCUCAGUCAUCCCUGGCCAGACUUUCUCCAGUGCAAAGAUAUAUAUUUGAUAAUAUCCUCGCAUUAUUUGGCAAAGACAUUCAAGAUAAUAUAUUCCUCCUCCUUACUUUUGCUGAUGGACAGAAGCCCCAGGUUCUUAGCGCUGUGACUGAAGCUGAGAUACCGUAUAAGAAAUUCUUCAAGUUUAAUAAUUCUGCAAUCUAUUCCCAGAAAGAUGAUGAUGAAUCCGCCCAAGAUUUCUCUUCCUUUUUCUGGAAUAUGGGUUACAACAGUUUCAAAAUGUUCCUUGAACAGAUUCUCACUGUUGAAAGCAAGAGCCUCGUUCUUACUAAAGACGUGCUCGAAGAGCGCAAGAGAAUCGAAGUGUUUGUUGAGGGUAUACAGCAGGAUAUUCAAGUUGGUCUGAGUAAACUGGAGACUUUAAACAAAGAAGCAAAAUUACUCAGAGAACAUGAGGAAGACGUGAACAGAAACAAGAAUUUCACAUUUGAUGUUGAAGAAGAUGUAUUUGAAAUAGUAAACCUUGAUUGGAACCGAUCAAUGACAAAUUGCAUGACUUGCAAGCGCACUUGUUGUAAGGAUUGCAUGGUUUUCCUCAGUCCUGCUUUGUACAUGUGCCACGCCAUGGCCUGGAACGGGACUUGUAGAAUUUGUCCUAGGAACUGUAAAUUUACAGAACACAAAUCAUGUAGCUUCAUGUUUGAUGUCAAAAGGAAAAAAAGCCAGAGGACAGUGGACGAAAUUCGUGUCCGUUACGAGAAAGCACAAGAAAAAAAACUCUCCGCUCAGAGUCUGAUUGACAGGAUAAAAACAGAGUUUGAUUCAGUGCAGAAAAACAUAUUGACAAUGGCUGACUCAGUGCGCAAGUCCCUCCAGAGACUGAAAGAAAUAGCUCUUCGGCCUGACCCGCUGACAACUCUCGAAUACAUCGACAUGCUAAAAGAGAAUGAGAAAAGGCAAGCAAAGCCUGGGUGGCUUGAAAGGAUUGGGCAGCUUGACCAGCUAAGGCAAAGAGCUGAACAUAUCAAAGACAUAGCCAGCGGAAACUCUAACCUGCUGCAAGAACAUGAAUGUUUGUAUGAAUAAAGGAGGAAAUCCCUCGAAGCAUCAGUGGAAAUUGAAUAAUGGUACAUUCCAAAAUGUCACUCAAAACAUUUUUUACCACAGUUAGUACAUCAUAUUAUAUUCAAAUAAAGUUAUUGUUUGUGUGUAUGUUUUUUCACGCAGUUGUUUAAGUAGAAUUAGGAGCCAUAAGACUAAGCUAAUGUAUUUCAUAUGACAAUAAAUUCUUCACUACAUGGGAGAAACAAGCCAAAGACGUAUUACAUCAGAAAAGAUAACAUCACAUGUACUAUACAUAGUAUAUGACAACACUAUAUGUAUUGAAUAUGUUUCGCUUGUGUUUAUGAAUCAAAUCUUUAGAAAUGUAAUUAUCUUUGCUUUUUGAUAAUUAGGAGAACACACACACACACAGAGAGAGAGAGAGAGAGAGAGAGAGAGAGAGAGAGAGAGAGAGAGAGUGUUCGCUUGCCUAUUAUGACGUGUGUAGGUGUGUAUGCCAUCUCGGGCGGUGUCAGGCCGGGAGGCAGGAGCAGCAUAGCCGCCACGGUCGGGCAGUAGUACAGAUGGCCACCGAGCCGCGCGAGUCAUACAGUUGCCAUGAUCAGCGACUCAAGGUGGUGCUGCUCAUCGCUCCCGUGGUCUCGAGUUUCCUGGGUGGUAAUUUGCGGUGGUGGGGGGCGGGCUGGAGGGACGGGUACUGGCAGGGUCGGGAUAACGGAGAGGUUCACCCACUCUCGCUGGCAGCCCCCACUUCACUUCCCGUGCCGCGAGGCUCGAGCAGGACUGGCGCAGUGGGUGGCUGGGGGUUUCCAGGGUGUGUGGGUAUACUGUGCUGGUAGGCCUUCUCGACGGCCUGUAUUUUGAAACGCUCUGUGCUCUCUCAUAAGCACAUGUAAAUUACUGGACGGAUUGGUGUUUCUCACUAAAAAGCAGAAUUUUU